AUGCUACAAAACGGCAUAUACACACCUCUGGAGCAAACAGGACCAGCCAAUGGCGAGCUAGAUCCAAGCAUAAAAGACAUGUUCUACACCAUGAUAGACGAUAUGGUGAUUUCUGUGGUAUACCAAGAGCCCGAUGAAAACUUGCUAUGUGUGAUGUACAAAAUCUUUGCAUAUUUGGGCCUCAAAAGACUCUUAAGGUACUCAAUUGAGUACGCUCUCAGCGGAGAAACAGAGAGCGACGACAUAAUUACAACCCUAUCCAUCAACGACAACCUCAAGUCUAUGUACUCAGUACUUCUUAAACACAUCGCAGGCGAUGACGUGGAUUUCGAGCCUCCAGGCCUCGACAAAGAGUUGCUGUUUCUUGCGCCGGUUCGUGAUGAUUUUCAGUCUCAAAUAUCAAAGGCUCUAGCUCUCACCGACUUUGAAAUCAAGAUAAAGAGAAAGAGCACUACAUGGCUAGAUGUGAUUCUUCAAGUAGAUCAGGCCGCAAAAUCAAGAAUGGAUAAAGAGAAGGCUCUGAAGGUGUCCAGGGCUCGAAUAAAAAAUUUGGAACCAUACCUUCUCACUGACGCUCAAUGGGACAGAAUCACCAUUGAGUCCCAGGAAGUCGAAGAGGUUGAAACUAAAGCUUCAGAGCCUCUCGAGGAGCCAGAAAUAACGACUGACGAACCACCUAUAGUUCAACAGGAGUCUGUCGCAGAGGAACCUGAGAAAGAAUUGAAGGAAGGAAAAGAAGAAAAGGAAGAAAGACAAAUCCAGAGAUCCUCAAAGAGGUUCAAGCAGCAGAAUGUUGCCGACCUUGAAGACAUCGAUUUACGAGAAGAUUUUUUUGUUGAAACUUCCAUCUUCUUCACCAAACUAAGCCAAUUAUUAUCCCAAACUUGCAAUCUCGACGAAAGCAACCUUUACCUGGGUGAUAUAGUAAAAACUUUCCUCAAUUCUGAUGGAUAUUUGAAUGAGUUCAUUGACACUUUAAACGACUGGCACGGAAAAACUUACACUGAUGCAUUAUUUGGUAACGAAACUACACUGAGAUCGCUGGCAAAGGAAGAAGACGAUGCUAAAAUCAAGCUUCUCGACAUAUUGGACAAGUUUGGUAGCAAAGACACCAGCUCUGUUCACGCACCCACGAUAGAAACUUUUGAAUCAUCAAGCACGAUUUGCGAAAUUCUUGAGGAAUGGAGCAAGAAAAAUGUCCACUAUUUAGCUUUUAAAGUUAAGGUUUUGGCUCAUUUGUUGGUUCCAGAUCUCGCAAACAACACUUCAGAAGCCUCGAAAGUCGUUUGUCUCACGAGCGAUUCCACCUGGCCCGGUGAGCUUGUUUCAAUUACCAAAGAAUGGGUACUUCAAACCAGUGAUUUUCUUCUUGAGAAACUUAACUCAUCUCAGGCAGCCGACGCUAAGUCUACUGAAGUAGAGGCUCACUUCCUCUUGGGUGUGGGCACCAUUGAAUUUCUAGUUGACUCAUAUUCAUCUGCUCGUAAGGAAAUUAACAAGUUGAUAUCUCAGAGUCUCAAAAAAGGUGGUUCUAAAAACGACAAGUCAAAUUUGAGCAUUGUCGCUACUGAGUUGCUCAGAACGAGCGUAAAGAUCCUGAAAUGGGAAGUUUUUGUCAAAGAAAAGUUGCUAAGAAUAGGAGCACCUAAACCUGAUUCCCACCUGUACUUUUUAAAAGGCAUUUGUCGCUUUAAAUGGACCAUGAUACACUAUGAAAGAUCGAGAACAACUAAUUGGCAAGACGUCAAUGUUAUAUCUGAGAGUAUUGAUGAGCUCAACAGAUUGUUGGAGCUGUUAGGUCAUCCUAUUGAACUAUCAUACAGUAACUUUUCAAACAUUCCAGAGCUCACAAAAGACAGCCCUCAUUCAGAACUCACUGUUAUCUCAGUGCUAUCAAUGUUUGCAAAGGUAUUGAGUGCCAAAUCUGGAGGAGAUACAAAUGAAGCUAUCAAGAUCAUGGAAGCUAUACUUUUGGAAAACACCAAUGAAAGCGACGUGAACCAGAAGGUACUCUUGAAACUUCGUAUGUUCUUGGGGUCUUCUCCGGUAGACAUGUCCCUCAGCUUAUGGGACAUUUUAUUUCUGUUCUACGAAGAGGGCGGGCAACUAGAAAGGUUCCAGAAUGGGUUUGAGGUUUACUCAGAUUCUAUCAUCAACACAUUAAAGUCGCAAAAGUACAACGAAAGCGAGAGUACGGCAAAAACUGUGCUCUUGCGAGUUCUUGGCUCCUUUGCAACCUCUUUAAACAAAUUUGUGACAAUGUUGGAAACCGGCAACUGGAAAUUGACGUCUGCUUCGCCCGAUGUACUUUUGCGUUACUUCAAACUUCUCGAGCUUUUUUACAUGUUUUCUCUCCACGAGGAAGCGAGUUUGAUCACAAGCAGAAAACGCUCAGUCGAAAUCAGCUCACCAAAGGCUUAUAAUGCAUUCAAAGAUGCAAUCGUCAGGUUGGAGUCUUUACUCAUAAUUUAUGUCAAGAAUUUGGAAUUAUCUUCGUCGGAUCCUCAAAUGAUCAGAGAUCUUGUUGCUCUAACCCAUGAGCAGCUUGGAGGAAGGAGAAUGUGUGACUGCUCCAAUGGUUUAUACCUUCGUCUUAUUCAAGACAUUUUGUUGGAAAUUGGACCAAAAAAAUUCAGUCAAGAUGUGGCCCAAACUUUGCUCUGCAGAUUCCAUUGCAGUUUAGCUAUCAAUGGCGUCUCUCCCGAAGAUCAUGCCACAAAGAGCACCGAAAAGUUUGACAAGAAUACUGCAAUGACAAUCAUCAAAUUUGUUCUUCCUAUUUGCUUCGAAAAGAAUCCUAUUUCCAAUCCAAUGAAGUCUGAUGUUCGGUCGCUUGUUGAUAUGUUGUAUGAGGAAAUUGGCGACCCGAAUAUAGACACCGAUAUCGAUGCAAGAAAAGGACAAGAAGUGCUCGAGUUUUUCUUGGAUUCGACAAGUUUGUCGCCAAGAUUUAUGAAAAAUGCGUUUCAUGGACUCAUGGACGUUUCAUUUAGAAGUCCUGACGAUUCAGAAAGUCCUAAAAAGCAAGUGGCAGACUUGGGACUAUACUUUCUCCAGGGAAAUAUCAUCUUCACCACCUAUAAAAUAAGAAAGAAGUCGAUGCAAAUAAGAGCAGUGGAACUUGAGCAUGUCAUUACGCUUCUUCAAAACGAUUUACUAUUUUGUCCAUGGAGAGCAGAAAGUUGGUUCUUGCUUGGUCAAGUGUACGGCUACUUUGUUCAAGAUGAAUUAACCUGGACCGCCGAUAAGCUACAAUCUGACGAGAAGAAGGUGGGUCCGGCUAACUUACAGAGGAAGUCAUUACUCUGUUACUUCAUGGCAAUAAACCAGUGUGCAAGAACAUCUGAUAGGUUUGAUUACAAACCUAUGGUGAGUCAACUCAUGGAAUCAUUUUCGAAGGAAUUGUUCAAUGCUUGUACGCCUCCAAUGUCCAUGCAUGCUUUCAAGGUGACCAAGAAUCCCAGAUUUGUAAAUGAUGGAUCAGGUGGAGAAUUUGUUUCAGUUGAGCGGGAGAGCAUUGCAAGUAGAAGAAUAUGUCUCAAAAUUCUUCAACAGGUUCUACACCUUGCAAUACGUGCAUCGCCCAGAGAGUGGAGCAACAUCUACAUUCUAUCCAAAGUACAAAGAAAAGUCAAGCUGGAUCCCACAGUCGUUAUCGAAACACUUCUUACAUCUUGUGAAGCAGUCACCAAAGCCAAUAAUGGUGUUAUUGAGCCCAGAUAUAAGUUGUGCUCAAUUCUUUUUAAGUAUGUGAAAGACCAUAGCAUCACCAUUGAGUACGCAGCCAAAUGUCUUCACGAGGAGUUUCCAAUAGUGGAUGUAACUGCCAUUCACUCUGAAGAAGACUUCAAUGACACCAUAUUAAGAUGUCUUCGAGAGAUCAUAUCACAAGAUAAGAAAAGAUGGCAGCACAAACCUCGCUAUAGGCUUGCAAAAAUUCUCAAAGACUACAAGAAUGAUGCCGAAGGAGCUCUCGAGGAGAUGAGUAGCAUGAUAUCACCGAAGUCUAGCGGAAAGUCUCUCGUCCAGAUCUGGAAGCCUGACUUUGAACGUCCGGGAAAGCACUUCUGCUACACUUAUCAAUAUGCAUGUUUUUACAUGGAAACCUCCAUUAAGACGAAGAAUUUAAGUAAUCUCUUCUUCAUGAUGCCCAAGUUGAAGAAGUCAAAUUCAAUUAUGAUUAAUACCUUAGGAGCUUGGAACAUUCUAACUUCGUCGGUCUGCCAAGUUGUACGGGAAAGAUGUGGUAUAACCCAGGAGUUUACGGAGAAGUUCAUCAUGUACACAAUUUACUACAAAUUCACCGGAAAAAUGAAGUUUAUUGUUGAUAAGAUCACCACGGAGGGGGUUCCUCCUGCCAUAAAGCCAUACUUCUGUUUGAAUCAUGACUUUGUUGAGCUCAAACGUCUCAACACUGGCUUUGGUCCUACUGCACUUAUUGACGAUACGCUGAUUGCAAUCUUGAUUAUAAUGUACUUAUAUUACGACGACAAGUACGAACUCGACAAAGUCAUCACAGCUCUGGAUACUCCGACCAACAAGAAAAUGGCCAAGAAAGAAAUCUUGCCGUUGCUCACCGAAUUGGCUAAGAAAUCAGGUUCAAACUAUGAGGCUAUUAUGAAGGAAGAUCCAGAUAUAUACGCCAAGUUUCUCAAGUUGGAGUGGCCAGACAUAUACGAGUGCAAAUUUCCAUUCAAGCUGAAUGAGAAUGAAGUUACAAGUUCACCACCUCCAACACACGCACCCAAGAUGAUUGGGAAUAAAAUGGUCUUUGGUAAAAUGGAAGGACUCAUUGGCGACAAAAUAGUUUUUAAUCAGGAUACAGCUAUCGAUAACACAUGCAGCAACGGAGAAAGCAGCAAAAGACUCAACGACGACGAAUUACCAGAAACAAAAAGAGUAAAGCUUGAUAAUGGCGUUGUUAACGAUCUGUCACUUCCGCCUUGA